AUGCGUCCUGAUAAGCCUCGUGACCCCGUUGCCGGGCCUGAUGCUGGUCCAGAGAGCCCAUACCCCGUGCGCUUGUCCGGCCCGGUGAUCAAGGGAUUUGGACGGGGAAGUAAGGAUCUAGGAAUUCCCACUGCCAAUAUCCCCGCCGACGACCUGUCCGAGCAGCAUCCCGAGUUGACCUCCGGUGUUUACUACGGCGUGGUAGCGCUAGACCCCCAGAACCUUGCGCAAGGGAAUGGUGCUGAGAAGUCGUCUUCUGCGACUCUUUUGCCCGCCGUGUUGAGCAUUGGAUAUAACCCGUUCUAUAAGAAUACUGUGCGGUCGGUGGAAAUCCACAUCAUGCCCCCUCUCACACAACCCUCCCCGACAGCUGUCGCACAUCCCAAGUUCAACCGCUUGCCCGAUUUCUACGGUACCAAGCUCAACCUCCUGAUUCUGGGGUACAUUCGUCCUGAAUUCGACUAUGUCUCGCUGGACGCUUUGAUCGAGGAUAUUCGAAUUGACUGCGAGGUUGCGCGACAGAGUCUCCUGCGUGAUGCGUAUCAGCGAUAUAUCGUUGAUGAUGGGAAGGCGUCGGCGCAGGUUAAUGAGGACCGGAAGUGGUUGGUGACGUUUGAAGGGGUGAGCGAGAAUAUCUGA